GGAGUAGGAGUCGCUCGAUCCGACUCACUUACACUCCAAAAAAACAUAUUAAACUUAUGAAGAACCUGUCCUUCCUAUGAUUUAAACCCUAAACCCCGUUGUCCGAAAGAUCUCACAAUACAGUUCAGUUCCCCGAUGGUACUUACCAGAUUCGUUAUCUUCAAUCGUCUGAUUUCUUCUCGCACAAUCCCCAUUUCUCUCGAUCCAAUCUCACACCUGGGCUUCUGCCCCGGGUCCGUCGUUGAUCCUUCUUCUUUCUUGCUUAACAAGGGAGUCUUUUCGCUAGCAGCUGCAGAUUCUAACCCAACGAAACCAAAGAGUCUGUCCUCAAUAUUUUCUAAUCCAUCAGCGGACUCACAAUCCAAAAAGCUACCUUGCCCUAACGAUGCUAAUGCGAAGAAGGAGAAUAUAGGGGAGAACAAACUACCACAAAUUGGUAGAUCUUUCAGGUUUUGCUCUUUGCAAGAGAAAAAGUUCCCUGAGGAGCUCUCACCUGAGGCAGCGUUGCUCUUGAAGCGUUUGCAGGAGGAAUUGUACCUGAAGUUGGAACCCGGCCAGAUCCCGGCAAAUUUGCCUUCUCGCCAUCUGCUUAGAUUGGCUGCAGAGAAGCUUGGUCAGCGCCAUCAGGAAAUUGCUAAGUGGUUGUCUGGAAGUCACCUGAAAAAGGUCGCUUUGCUUGGUUGCCCAUCUGUUGAGAGAAAAACAGUAUUUGCAUCCAAAAGAUUGCGUUCAUUCUUCUGUAUUCAAGAAGAUAUUAUAUGUCGCGGUUGCAAGCUAAAAACUUAUUGCAAAUUUGUAAACCAAAAAGUGGACAGAGUGGAUAGAGUGAUUCUAGCAGAUGUGAUGAGGCUCCUCACUAUAUUAGCUUUUGAUGCAGUUCCUCAGCAACUUUCAGUUCCCACUGAUGUGAAACUCUCUGUUGAUAAAUUGCUGAAAGAGGCUAUCAAUCUCAGUGAGUGAUAGUUUAGAGGCUUGCCAAAUAGAACUUAAAUAUGUGCAUUUUUCUUUUUAUAGUUCGAACAAUUGCUCAACCUUGCAAUUGCUGAAAGGAAAAAAGAGAAGAAUGUUGAUGAUGUUUCGGCAUGUUAAGCGAAAUAGAUGCCUCGAGCCCAUCUUCGUACC